UCAAUCUUUCGACCAACUUUGUUGUAUGGGAGUGAAAGCUGGGUGGAUUCAGGUUACCUUAUCAACAAUGUUACGGAUAUGAAAGUAGCUAGGAUGAUUGCAGGUACUAUUAGAUGGGAACAAUGGCAGGAGGGUGUCCACAAUGAGGAAAUCAAAGAAAAACUGGGAAUGAACUCUAUAGAUGCAGCAGUCAGGAUGAACAGGCUUAGAUGGUGGGGUCAUGUUACAUGCAUGGGAGAAGCAAGGUUACCCAAGAGACUCAUGGGUUCAGCAGUAGAGGGUAGGAGGAGUCGGGGCAGACCAAGGAGAAGGUACCUGCAUUUGGUUAAGAAUGAUUUUGUAGUAAUAGGUUUAACAUCAGAAGAGGCACCAAUGUUAGCACUGAAUUGGGGAUCAUGGAGGAAUUUUAUAAGGGGGCUAUGCUCCAGACUGAACACUGAAAGGCAUAAUCAGUCUUAAAUGAUGAUGAUGAUGAUGAAGAUCAAAAUCAAUAACCACCAGGUGCCAGAAGGCUUAGAAAUUGCCUUGAAAUUCUAAGUAUCAUGACAAGGUCAAAUAUAUCUCUGUGGAAAAUUAAACUUGCAAAAAGUUUAACGUGGUGAAAUUUAGUAACUGUCUGAUGGCUUCCAACCUUCCUAUUUGCACAAUUUUGAGGCUUGAUUCUGGAAGGGGAAUGCAGGAAAGGGCAAAGUUAAUGAGGAAUGGAAAAUUAAGAAGAUUGCCAGGACAGAGUGACACAGUAAGCAUAAGAACUGAGGUGACUGACAACCUGCAACUGCAUCUUGGCACAGGAUAGUGAUCCCAGUGAGCUUCUAGUAUGCACUUCCACCCAGAUCCAUGUCCACAUCCUCUCCCGUUAUCAGGUUGUCCAGUUGGUGAAACAAACCGGAACAGUUUGUUGACUGGUCAGACAGGAGCUGGGUCAACAUACAAUACAGAUAAUUAUCCCAGCCCAACUUAGACAGUAAUCACAUAAAACACAGGAAUAAUUCCCCACUUGAAUCUUCUGAAAAUUUGUUCACUUUUCCCCCUUUU